AGACUGCAUCAGCUGAUCUGUCACGUGUUCGGCGUCAUGGGUCACCCUCUGCAAAAUGGAGUUGUCUGAAUCUGUGCAGAGAGGACUGAAGUUCCUCGCCGAUCCGUCCGUCUUCGACCAGCGCGGUUUCUCGGUGCUGCUGGACGUGUCUUUCCGGAGUGUGCUCUCGGCUCACGGUGACGCCGCAGUGCUCGAUCACCCCGACCUGAAAAACCUUGAUCAGAUUUUAGUGAAACAGAGUCACACUGCCGUGGUUACGUUCAUACUGGAGUCUGUCAAACUAAACACGGACAAGUCAACGCUAAGUUCAUGUCUUGAAGAACUUUCAUUCAGUGCAGAGAAAAUAGAGCUCUUUCAUAGUCUAUAUGAGGUGAGGGUGGCAAAAAUAAACAGUAACUUUGGCAGGGUUGUCAAGUCCAUAAUAAUAACGUGCUGUGUUUUACAGAAGCAUAAAACAGACAUUAUAAAGUUAUUAUCAUGCAUAGGAAGACGACUACCUGAGAUAAACGAUGUCUCAUGGCGUCUACAAUACCAGAUAAAGAGUGCGCAGGUUGAUAAAGUCGAUGAACCUUUCUACUUGAUAACCCUGAGCACUGAGAAUGAAACAGGAUCCUCUGAGGACGUGAACUUCUCCUGUACAGUGGAACAGCUGCAGGAUUUGGUUGGAAAACUAAAAGAUGCAGCAAAGAGUAUGGAGAGAGCCAGUCAAAUAUGGCGGCUCGACUCCUAUUCAUUUGCUGCUGAUCGCUUCCCAACUUUCAUUGUCUAUUCACCUUCAGACCCACCGAUCCCAAAUCGAACCACCAGGGCUAUUGCAUUUCUGGUCAACAUGCAUCGGACGACUCGAAUAAAAAUUACGGAGCUCAAUCCUCACCUGAUGUGCGUUCUGUGCGGGGGAUAUUUCAUCGAUGCCACGACCAUCAUUGAAUGUCUUCACUCCUUCUGCAAAAUGUGCAUAGUGCGCUACUUGGAAACCAGCAAAUACUGUCCCAUCUGUGAUGUACAGGUGCACAAGACCAAGCCAUUGCUCAACAUAAGGUCUGACAAGACUCUACAGGACAUAGUGUACAAACUGGUCCCUGGACUCUUCAAAAAUGAAAUGAAGAGAAGAAGAGACUUUUAUGCAGACCACCCUUUAGAUGCUUCAAACGGAACAAAUGAGGACCGUGGAGAAGUGGCAGAUGAGGAAAAACGAAUUAUUACAGACGAUGAGAUCAUCAGCCUCUCCAUUGAAUUUUUUGACCCAACCAGAAUGGGAAUGGGACCAGAAGGAAAGCAGGUUAAAGAACAGCUAGCAAAUAAAAGGUACCUGCAGUGUCCAGCAGCAAUGACAGUGAUGCAUCUUAGAAAGUUUCUCCGCAGUAAAAUGGACAUCCCAAACUCCUAUCAGGUGGAUGUUAUGUAUGAAGAUGAGCCUCUGAAAGAUUACUACACAUUAAUGGACAUAGCCUAUAUAUACACAUGGAGAAGGAAUGGUCCGCUUCCCCUCAAGUAUCGGGUCAGACCCAGCUGUAAGAAGAUGAAGGUGAGUCACUCGGAGCAGGACGGGCAGAACAGCACCGGCAGAUCGGGGCCAGAGAGUGACUCUGCCAGCGACAAAGCGCGUAGUCCCACCGGGGCUCCGUCCACGUCCUCUUCUCUGCCGAGUCCCGCUACAGCGACGCAGUCUCCGCGUCCCCUGCAGACCACGCACGGCAAUAACAACGUGAACGGGACGUCAAUAACUGCACCACCCGCCCCCAGCCGCUCUUUUACACAGUUUCCCAGCGGGAACAGCGGCGCCAACAAACCGAGGAAGGUUGCACUGAACGGAUCGUCUUCUGGAUGACUCCCCGAAGAGUCGUCGCCUGAUCCAGUUUAUAAUUUUAUGCCAACCUAUACAGCGGUGUAGACAACGAUGUUCUUUUUCCCCCCCUCAAUUUGUUGUUAAUAUAUUAUCACAUCUUAAGUUUAUACUGGAGGGAUCGGAUACAUUUCAAAAUAAACAAUUUAAGGACGUUUUUUACUGUUGGAAAUUCAAAAUCAAAGACUGUAAAAACUGAAAAAAACAUGGGAAGAAAGGAUGAGCAAAGCUGUUAUUUUACAGUGACUGAAGUUCUAUUUGUUUUGUUCAAAUUAAACGUAUGUCAUUGCAAAUUCAUCCAUGUGCUUAACAAGCUUAAGAUGAUACGUGCAUGCUUUUGUUAUCUCUUGGUUUUUAAAGGUUUUAUAGCCUACUCUUUUAAUACGCAUUUACGUAAUCUUUAGAAAUCUUAAACGUAGAGGAAAGCCAUUAAGGAAUUUGUAUUAUGAGAGAACUUGUACAGGGAGGUUUGCGUCAAGACGGUUAAAAAUGAGGCUUUUAUGCGAGAAAAGUUUGCCUUCACAUCAGCAGUGCUUUGUAAAAUUUGAUUUUUAUCCAUGUUGUUUUAGCUGAUUUUCAAAAACCAGCUGUUAAAAAAAAAAAAAAAAAAAAAAAAAAAAAAACACACACACACAAAACAAAAAAACCAACAACUAUUAUUUAAUCAUGUUAUUCUUUUCUUCUGUUCUCAAAGACUGGGGCUGCUCAGUUUCAUAUUCAUUCUGAUGUUUUAAUGUCUCUCGUGUUUAUUCGCUCGAUUGUAUGGACAACCUGUUGUAUUGUUACUGUUGCACAGUAUAAAAACAUCUAAAUAAACAUUUUACACGUAUGCUUUCCUGAAUAUGGAAAAAAUAUUAAAA